AUGAAGUUCUUCGCCACCGUCGCUCUCCUAACCACCACUGUGGCCGCCGGCCCGUCUGAGAAGCUCUUCAACCUAAAGACCUCCGGAGCCAGCAAUAGCUCUCACAACAACCUGUACCUCUCCGUCGGCCACGGGCUGAUCAGCGAUCCGCUCAACAACGAAGCCAUCUUCUCCGGGGCCCCAGCCAGCCGCGCCGCCGCUUUCUCCUUCGUCAACGGCACCGUCCUCUUGGAUACUCAGACCACGGCCCCCUGGGCUCUGGACCUGAUCAACGUGGAAGGUGUCCGCAAAGAGCGCGCACAGAUCAGCAUCAAGCCUACUCACGGCUCCAAGGGAUUCUCUGUCGGCCACCAUGGCAUCGAGGGACCCAGUGAGACCUGGGAUGGAUGGCUUUGGUGCCUCGCUGAUUUAGAGGCCGGCCAGUUAUUCCCCAACUUGCACUUCCUUAGCAAGACUGUUCAGGAGCCUGCUGUCCCGGCCGGAUGUGACAGAAUCCAGCUGAACGCUGUUCCGAAGAGCUCUGCUUAG